AUGCAGAAAAACCGUGAGUCUCCGUUCAGUCCUGAACGACACCUCGUCGAGCCGCACGUCGUUCAUUCACCGUCGCCGUCUCUGCCGCCGCACCCUCAUAUUUCUCUGGUACAAUCUUCGGUCACGCGCCACUGCCUCAGUACGCGCGUCCAGGUUGUUCGAUUGCAACGUCUGCUCCUUUUGCUGUCUCAGAACCAACGGACCGUUGCAUUGCAGUGA